AUGAACCUGAAACUGACAAUGAUGGACGAAGAAAAAGGAAAAUAAAAGUACCUACAAGAUUUCAAGAAGUUGUCCAGGGGAAAGAACUGGAAAGAAUUUUUCUAGAAGAAGGUGUUAUAGGUGAAGAUUCAACAUCAGAUUAUGAACAUGGUAAAGCAGAUCACUUAGAAGAUAAUGAAAUUAUUGGUCGCUUACAAAGUAAAGAUGGUGAUAAUCUUGGAGAAUUAAUUAUAGUUAACAGAGUCUCAAGUAAAAUGAGGAAUACAUUUAAGAAUGAAGUAUCAAGAAGAAGAAAAAAACAUGAAUGUGAAAUAUGUGGGAAGGAAUUCUUAUAUUAUGGUCGAUAUGAAAAUCAUAAAUCACUUCAUGAGAAUGGUAAAUUUCAGUGUAAUUCAUGCAUUUUUCGUGCUAGUAACAAAAUUUCCAUUGAACGACAUCAUAAAGUUACUGGUCAUAAUGGCUUAUCACAAUUACAGUGUGAAUCAUUUAAAGAAGAACCUCAACAAGAUAUAAUCAAUGUAGAACAAGAAACUGAUGAUACCAAUACUCCUCAAUCAAAUUCCACAGACACAGUAGGUUUAAAAGAGUGUUCUGAAGAUAGUAAGGAAGAUAGUCCUCAAGAUGCUUCUAGUAAAAAUUCAUGUGAAGUCUGUAAGAAAAUAUUCAAUCAUCCCAGCAGUCUCAUUUAUCACCGUGAAGCUGAGCAUAAUAAUGGCCAGCGUUUUGUAUGCAUCAAAUGUGAUAAGAGCUUCAAGCACAAACAGUUAUUGCAAAGACAUCAACUUGUACAUUCGGAAGAGCGACCUUAUCGUUGCAAACAGUGUGAUGCAAGCUUUAAAACGAGAGCAAAUCUUAUAAAUCACAUGCCUAUUCAUACUGGAGAAAAAAAAUACUUUUGUUCACAAUGUGGACAGACAUUUGCCCACAAAACUUCUCUAACAUUGCACAUAAGAUGGCACAGUGGUCAGAAACCGUUCCAGUGUGAUAUUUGUUUAAAGUCUUUCUCACAGAAAGGCAAUUUGGCUGAGCACAAGCGGAUUCAUACAGGAGAGAAACCAUAUAAUUGUGAACAUUGCAACAGAAAAUUCACUACCUCUUCUCAAUAUAAACUACACAUGAAACGACACAGUGGGGAGCGACCGUGGAGAUGUGAAUUUUGUCCAAAAACAUUUCUUCACAGGGAUACGUGGAAAUGUCAUACUAGACGACAUAAAAACGAAAAACCGUACCAAUGUGAGCAGUGCCUUAAAGGUUUUACUGAACAAUGUGCUUUGAAAAAGCACGAAAGAUUACAUACUGGUGAAAAGCCUUAUGUUUGUGAAUUCUGUAAUAGAGGUUUUGCUGAUUGUUCGAAUUUAGCGAAACACAAAAGAAUACAUGAAAACGAACCUAAUUUAAUCGAGACACCAGAAAUCAAAGUGUUAACAUCAUCGAAGGACGAUGAAAACGAUAUAUUUUAUGUUACAUUGGAUCCAAAUUCUUCAGAAAUUCAAUCGCCUUCAUUAGUGCAAAUUAUGGAGCAGUUGGAUACAAAAAAUAACGAAAAUGAUGAAGCGCACGCCAAAAUAAACAAUAUUUCUACUUUAUCUACUAAAAAUAAUGCAGUUAUACAACAAAUUAUCGAUCAAGAAGGAAAUACCAUGUCAGUUGCUCUACCAGACGGACAAAUGCUUAGAGUAGUUACUACAAUGGAAAAUGGAGAACAGAAUUUUAAAGGUUUAACAAAUGACGGUAGUUUAAUACCCCUAAAUGUUAAUUUUGAAGAUGAAAGAACGAUAUUCGGAAACGAACAAAUGAAUGUAACGUUAGACGAAAAAGAAAACGAAUUUGAAGAAUGGACUAAUAAGAAGAAAGAUGAUUCAAAAGUAGCAACAAUUCCACUUAUUCAAUUUUUGGAUAGUGACAUACAAAUUUUACCUGGACAGAAAAUGGAAAACAAUUUACAAUUACUGGUAGAAGGACAGAAUGUUUGUUUUGUAACGGCCUAUAAUUCAGAUGAUCCUACGAACUCACAGUAUUUAGCAAUGGCCUAACACAGCAGAAAAUAUAAACCCUGUUUUCAUUAUUAUCUUUAUUUAAUAGGCUAUUAUGACAACCUCAGCAUGUGGUGAUGGAGUAUAAAGCACAGUAUGAUUAUCAUUUUACGACUGAGCAUUAAAACUAUUUGAUGACAUUCUCUAAUAAAUUGUGUGUAAAUGAUCGAAGAAAUGCAACUUGUGUAAAAUAGUAGUUUGUUAAUUAAUUAUUAAUAAAAAAAUAAUUUAAAAGUAUGCCUUUUAUUUUGGCUUACGGCUGAAACGACUCAAAAAAGCACAAAUAACAUUUGAUACAAUUUUACAUUUACUAAAACAAAAAUAAAUUUAGUUUUUUGAGUGAUCUGAAUAGGUAUUGGCCUUGUACCAUUUUUUUUUAUUUCAAUAAAAGACUUAAAUAUAUGUAUAUAAAAAAAUAAAAUUAUGUUAUAAAUGACAAU